AUGUCUUAUGUGCCGGAAAAAGUUAUAUUUCUGACAUUAUUCUAUGCUAUAGUGGUAGUUAUCACAGAUUCCGUUUAUGGUAUUCCGGUACGUGAAUUUCAAAUAAUUACUGAUCCUGAAGCAGGAAUAGCUGCUGAUGGUGAACCAAUUGAUUUAUUAGUUUCAUCACGUUCCGGUGACAAACAAAAUGAUCAGCGAUUAUUUGGAACAUUUUCAGCUGCAGGAAGAAAUUAUGAAACUUCUGGUGAUAUUGUACAGGUAUUUCCAUAUCGAGCAUGUGAUAUUAAAAGAAAAGGCUAUGAUCGUACGCUUAUCGACCAUAUUGCCAUCGUAUUUUUCGAUGAUUUGGAACCAUUUAUUACUGGAUGUGUUUCAUUGGAUAAUCAAGUUCGUUUUGCUGAAAAAUCAGGCGCAGUUGGAUUGGUUGUCGGACCAGAAAGUCGCAUAGUAGCACAAAUUGAUAAGACACAACGUGGUCGUAUACCAGUUGUAAUGUUGGAUGAUUUAGAAACAAAACGAUUGAAAAAACAAUUAAACGAAGCAACACUUAGUGGUUCUGUAAUUCGAAUUGCUUUUGAAUACGUUGAUUUUGAACCACAGUAUGCUUUACGAUUACAGAUAUUUCGGCCGACGGUAUUAAAUAUUGGCUUAAUUAUACUGUUGAUAUUAUUAAUAAUGUUUAUCACUGGUUUGGUAUAUAUCAAAAUUCGAUGGAGGCCUACAACCCAUCGUGAUAUUUGGUUACGUACAUUAGCCCGAGCUGCAGUAAACAAAAUGGAAAUUCGAAAAUUUGAAAAAAAUGACAGUUUUGGCGUAAAUACCACUAAUAAAUUACACAAAAAGCGCUCAUUACUAUGCCUUCCAUCAAAACGACGUUACUUGCCAGUGUUUGGUUCACUUACAUCCGUUGCACGAAGUUAUAAUGGCCAGGAACGUUGCAGUAUUUGUUUGGAGGAAUAUAAGGAAGGGCAAGAAUUACGAGUGCUCUUCUGUGGACACGAAUUUCAUCCAAAAUGUGUCGAUCCAUGGUUACUUAGUAAUAGGCGUUGUCCAUUAUGUCAAUAUGAUGUUGUAUAUAAGGAAUAUCCUAAAACAGAAAGCAAAACGAAAAAUUAUCAAACAAAUUCUUUAUCAGUAUGGGAUUCACCGAAUGCUCCCAGUGUACCAUUAUUAUCAGUUUCAACAGAACAUAAUAAUACCGCGGUUGCUGCUAUUAAUACUAUUACCACUUCGAAUGGAUUGUUUACAGCUAUUCAUCAUACCUCCACAAAUGCUUAUAUGCAAAUACAACCUGAAAUUCAAACUUCAGUAGAAACGAGUAGCAGUAAUAAUACGAUUGAUUCUAGGAAAAGAUAUCAUCGUAGAGGAAUAAUGAAGAUGGAAAAUGCAAAUAAUUUUCAUCACUGUCUCGGUGCCAAUAGAUCAUCAUCGAUUAUUUGUCCUCAAAGUAAUAUCGUUGGAUGGGAUAAUAAUAGUCGAAAGCGAAAUCGGCGACAAAUGAUCAAUACAAGAUCAUCAUCAAGACAUUGCUUGCAAAAAAGAUCUCGAUCAUUGGGUGCACAUCAACGAAGCCAAGUUCAAAGGUUAUACAGACCAAUUUAUCCCAUGAAUUUAACCACCAAUGCUAGUAAAUCUUCCUCUUCCUCAUCAUCAUCAUCCUCUGCAUCAUCUUCUUGUUCUGCUAUUGCUGGUGCUGCUGGUAUCGCUGAUAUUUCGAUUACUUUGAAAGAAUUAUCACAACAAUCAAAGAAAACCUUGGAAACUAUAUCAGGUUACUCAUCAGAUAUAUCAUCAUUUCCGGAAGCAGAUCGGCCUAAAUCACCAGCAACAGCAGCUGCGAUAACGACCAUAUCUCGGCAUUAUUCUCCUACUGAAAAUAUGUCCAACAGACAAUCUCCGGAAUCUAACGAUAUGGCAGUAUUGCCUCAAGAGAAAGACCUCAUCAUGUUGUGUAUAUUAAAUAAACAAACAAAUAAACAAUCUAUAAACUGA